AUGGCAGAGCUCAUUGAUUGUUCGACUGAUGUUGAUAAUAUCAGGGAAAUUGAUGCUGAGGGUACUCCAAAGCCACAAAGUCCCUCUCUUAGUGCUGCGCCAAUGAACAGCGAGCCGCUGGCACAAGAGUUAAUUGUAAAAUUUCAUGCAACUUUGCCACCGCCACGUUCUGAGGCGGAGGGUCAACCGGUUUUGCAGAAGAUGCCGCGCUACACUUACGUCGAGACUGCGGCCUACAAUCAAAAUACUUUUCAGCAAGUAAUGAGCGAAAAUGAUCUCAUGAAUGAGCAGUCACGCAAUGACUUUAUUCGCCGCUUAAGGGACACUGUCCGCUGGCGCAUUAACGCCGACGGCACUAGGCAGGCGAACGCCAAGAUACGCCUCUGGUCCGAUGGCAGCGAGACCUUCCACAUGGGUGCCGAGUCCUUUGAUGUGGUGCGUCAGCCACUGCCCCAAAGAAACGUACAGCUAUGCAGCCGGCAUGGAAGCUGCUAUCAGCCGCAAGGUUUGUUUGAGGAGAAGCUGACAUUUCGCCCGAAGUUGGAUUCGGUGCAUGUGAAGGGACUGCGGGAUCGCACGAUAAACAAGCCCCAAACUGGCGGCUUAAAGGUGAUCGGAGAUGCAACCCACAAGGCCUGUAAGAAUGUGGACCAGCUGGCCAAGCAGGAACUAACUCGACUGCGCCAGGAGGAGCGCAAGUCGUCGGCGUCAUCGUCAGUGAAGAAGCGCCUGCAUCCGCGCAAGGCAGAGGAAGAUAUCAAUACGGAUGCAAGUCCUGAACGGAUGGAAGAUGACAAGGAAGACUCUGCAGAUGAGAUCAUAGACAAGGCAGACGAUGAUGCGUCUAUCUGCACAUCAAUUGCAGCGGGGAUUGCAAAGAUGAAGCGCAUGUUCAAUGUGGAUAGCGAUUCCGAUUGAAGGCAAUAAACUCUUCCAUGGUAAAUUCCAUAUUAAAGUUACUUGAGAGUCAGUUAUUGUCUGUUCUUUCAGUAGGAUUUAUAUUUUAUUGCCAUUAAAUCAAUUUAGCAGCCAAAAUAAAAUCUCUGCUGCU